CGAAGGUAGGCCGCUGGAAGCUUAUGAGAAAAGAACUGAAAGCUAGCUAUUAUGUAGAAAAAUUUUCUACUUGUGAAUUACCAAAUAAUUUUCUGUUUCUUUGCUAUCUGGGUUACAAAACCUUGUUUCAGCCGUUGAAUUCCAGUUUCCGAAUUUAACGGAUAAUCGAGGCUACUCAGAAAAUGAUUUUAAUGGGCGACAUACAAUUGAAAACCUCUCCUAUGGCCACCGACUCCACAUAAUGAAUCUGAAGGUAGGUGAAUCUGACACUGGAACCUACGUAUGUCGUUCCAUAGACGACCCUACGUUGCGUUCAGAAAUUCACAUCUUCGUAAAAGUUUAUGAAGGGCUGGUUGUCUCUGAAACGGAAUUCGUCGUACCUUGUAAAUCUUCGCGACAUCUCUCUAAAGACGAUGUUGAACUACGGGUUAAUGGAAAAUUGUGGAAAUCGGCAGCGAAAUAUUUUGAUCCAAGGACUGGUUUUAAAGUUAACAGCAAAACUGCCGAGGACAAGAUAGUCAAUCAACUAACGUUCCAAUGCGUUCAUAAGGGCUAUCCUCCAGAUUCCGCUACAUUCCUAAUAGUUUUUAAAGAAGCUAGCAAAAACGAUCUCGAAUUCAUCUUUGAAGAGCCUGAUCCGUGGGCAUAUGUUGGUGGACAGUACACUCUUUCCUGUAUCUUAAAACUUAAAGGAAGAGGCCGUAUUGAAAACAAAUAUCAAUACCAAUUGCAAGUAAAGUGCCCUAGAUGUUCUUAUCCUAUUGCCGUCUUCACUAUAAAGCAUGAAAUUCUCAAUUUUAGCAAUCGUAUUAUAACGAUUGAUUCUUUGACUCUUGAUGACAGUGGACAGUACAGUUGCAGUUGGUACUUCGACCAAGUACUGAAUGAGACAAUUCACAAAAAUGUGGACGUCUCUCCAAAGAAGGGUCAAAUAAAGGUUUGUAGAACACUUCGAUGGCCUGUUUGUGGGCAAUAUUCGGUGUUAUUCUACUCACGUGUGGUUAUACUUAUGUCAUUUCGUUUAAACGUUUUUAGAAUGAACGAUGUGAAUGUGCAAAACGAACAAAUUAGUGCUCGAAUCGAUGUUAUGUCGCCGAACAGUUGGGUGGUUUUCGAUCAGCAGUACUAUCAGAUUGGUACUCCAUUGCACGUCAGCUGCAUAGUAACUGCCAUUCCACAAUCAACGGUCACUUUUAUGCUAUGGAUCGUUGUUUCCCUAACUAUUGUUGAUUUGCAGGUGGUGAAAACUGUCAAGCCGUACCACACACAAUCGGAUCCCGAAAAGCCUCGAAUCCUAGAAUACGGAAAGCCAGCCGAGUUCGAGUGCAAUAUCGAUGGAACACCUCGACCUGAGUUCACAUGGCUCAAGGAUAACAAAGUCUAUGAAGGAGGAGAGGUAUCACCGGGCAAUCGGCGUCUCUAUAUUUCUAGGGUGGCAGCUGAAGAUAAAGGUGAAUUCGAAUGUGUGGCAACAAAUCGAGCAGGGACAAGCGUGUACAAGUUUUCGGUGAAAGUAAGCAACCAAACACCAAAGAGAGUAUCAAGUUCAUUUUUAUUUGUGAUAUUCAUGAUGCUUCUGGGCUUAUUGUUUUGUCUUAUUACUGCUCUUGUCUUUCGUACAAAUAACUUUUUUAGAGCUUUAAAUGUUCUCUAUGAGCAAUUGAUGAAAACCUCUGAAGGUCCACCACCAAGUGGGCUGAAAAUUCCUCUUGAUCAGCGUAUCUAUCAGCUGCCAUAUAAUCGACAGUAUGAAUUGGAAAGAGAUAAUUUAGAAAUCGGUAAUCGGCUAGGAUGUGGACAGUUUGGGCAGGUUUGGCAAGGGUGGUUGUCAAAACCUCGUGUGAGUGACUCAAUAGCCGAAAAAGCUCGUUUGCCGGUAGCUGUCAAGGGUAUGAGUGAAUGCCCACUGGUUGGCACCAAUGUUCAGCACCAGAAAAUGCUCGCUGAUGAGUUAAAAAUUAUGUGCGCUAUCGGCAAACAUCCAAACGUACUGGCACUCAUUGGUGCCAUCACUAAAAAUAUGAAGAAAGGAGAGCUAUAUGUGGUCGUUGAGCUGUGUGACAAUGGGAAUCUCAAAGAUUUCUUACUGAAGUACAAGAACAAAUUCAUCAAUGAGCUGAAAACAACACAAAUACCAGAUGAUGGCUACCUACGACCAGAUUCUGCAGUCAAGACACUAUAUAUUCCGGAUUGGUCGAAUGAAAUGGAAUCGGAUCGUCUGAUAGCAGACAAUACGAUGUUGGCCACAAGUGAUUUGAUUUCAUUCGCUAUGCAGAUUGCAAAUGGAAUGGAGUACCUAUCCUCAAUACCGUGCAUUCACAGAGACUUGGCGGCAAGGAACGUGCUGCUUACAAGCAAUAAAAUCUGCCGAAUUGCUGACUUCGGCAUGGCGAAAAACGAGAACAAGAACUAUUACAGGUUACGCAAGAAGAACGUGCUUGUGCCGUAUCGUUGGAUGGCGAUCGAAGCGAUUCAGGAUGGUGUUUAUACAUUGCAAUCGGACGUAUGGUCUUUUGGAAUUCUUUUGUUCGAAAUCUUCACUCUUGGUGGAUUACCAUAUCCAACCAUCGCAAAUGAGGAUCUGUUAUCCAAGUUGCUCGAAGGACAUAGGAAUUCGAAACCGAAAUACGCUCAUGAGGAUAUCUAUGAGUUGAUGAUGAAGUGUUGGGACAAAGAUCCAAAGGAGCGGCCAAACUUUACCAAAUGUAUUCAUCAGCUCAAAGAACACUUGAGACUAGCGUCUCCUCAGGUAAGAUGUGCUUUAAUUUUCUUUUUAGUUUUUUAUACUUCUGGUUCAUUACUGGCUUGA